UGUUUUUAGGGUAAAAGCUUAGUGAAGCCCAAAACAAAGCCCAAUCGAAGCAGUCAAGGCUGGCUCCUCAGGAAUGAAGUCACGAGGAGCAAAGUUCAGGGAGUUUUGUGCGAUACCUCGAAGGACUGUCCGUCUCAUCGCCUCCAGCGAUUUUCAGCAGCGACGGUCGAUCGAAGCAGCAGUUGCUGUUGAUUCUCCGAUGCUCGGCCCUGUCGGUGGAUCCAUGAGUUCGCCCUCUCAGAAAUUUCGAUAUCUUGCGAAGGACGCUGUGGCAAUGAUAUCCAUCACUGAAUGUCUUAUUGAAAUACUGUCUUGGCUUCCGGUGAGAAGCCUUUUGAGGUUUAAAUGCGUUUGCAAGGUGUGGUAUAACAUAAUAUCUGACCCCUAUUUCAUCCGGAAACACUUGCAUUAUUCGAGAAAGAAACCUCAACUUGUGAUCAUACCUUACUCAAUUGACCUAUGCGAAAUUGGCUUCUACAACUACUCUCCGACGCAGCUGCAGGCACAUCUGAUGUUCCAAAAAGUAUUCUCAGAGGUACCAGAAUGUUUUCUAUGCCUUCAACAAGUCGACGGUCUUUUAUUGCUGAGCACACUCGACAGUCUUUAUGUAUGCAAUCCAAGUAUUGGAGAGUUUAUAACAUUACCAGAGGGCAGUAACCACAUGCCUACCCAUCCUUACUAUAGAUGUUUCCCUGAAGAAAGGGCAGGGUUUGGAUAUGAUGCCCGUAACAAAUGCUACAGAGUUGCCCGCUAUUUCUAUCGAUGGCAUGAUUUCAAAAACAAGACAUAUAGCUUGGGCUUGGAAGUUUUCGAUUUAGGAAAAGAUACGUCUUGGAGAAUUCUCGGUGAGGAUCCACCUUACCCGAUCCUAGCAUGGAUUGCCCCAGUCUCCAUCGACGGAGUGAUCUACUUCAGGGUGGAUAAUGGCUUGCAUAAGUUCCCUCCAACAGGUGUAGUAUCUUUUGAUCUUAAAGACAACAAGUUCAAAGUGAUAGAUCGUCCAUCUUGUUUCUCUAGUUUGGAUGUGUGUGAUGACAGACAAUUGGAUAUAUCGGAAUUGGAAGGAGAACUAUGCUUUGUUCGAGAGUCUAAAAAUUCAAAACUUGAUAUAUGGGUGCAUAAGGAGGAUGAUUCUUGGGUUCAUACUUACAGCAUCGAUUUUGAUUGCGUGCACAAGUUUGGUGAACUGAUUGGAGUUAGGGAGGGAAAGAUUUUGCUUCAUGUAUAUGACUCCCAUCAUCGGUUGGACUUUUGUGAUUCGAAAAUAGUAUUGAAGGAUUUGAAGUAUUACAAGGCACCCAACAGCUAUUGCUCCUUUGACGACGAAACAUGCUUCCACGUGCUCAGAUAUGUGGAAAGUCUAGCAUCCGUCACCACUCGAGUUUAAUGUCCUCACAAUUAAUCACUUGGCUUUUGUAUUUCAUUUAUGAGGACGGUUUGAGCAAAGAUAAUUUCUAAUGUGUAGGAGAGAAGAUAAGAGCUAGUCCUUGUGAUUGGAUAUUUAUUGCUUUAUUUAUAGUGGAGGUGGGAAAUUUAGCGCGCGCAUUUGUACGUGAAUGAAAAUUUUUUGUUUAUUUUAUCCCUAUGAAUAAAUUUUGUUUUAUGCAGGCA